GAGGCGGAGGCCGGCGGCGUCCUGGGAGGGUAGCGGAGGCCGGUCUGCCCCGCCCCCGCGCUCCGUGCCCGGCGUCCCUUCCGCGCGCCCACGGGCAGCUUCCCUUUCCAGGAGCGCAGGCAGCAGCCGCCGGUGUCUGGUUCUUUUCCGUGGCUUUUGCAGCUCUUCUGCAGCAAGCAUGGCAGCUGGGAGACGCGGCGCCGGCCUGCGGCUCUGCGCCACAGUUUUUUUACUUGAUAUGGCUUUCUGUAAAGGAUUUGUAGAAGAUUUAGAUGAAUCGUUUAAAGACAAUCGGAAAGAUGACAUUUGGCUUGUAGAUUUUUAUGCACCAUGGUGUGGCCAUUGUAAAAAACUGGAACCGAUUUGGAAUGAAGUUGGUCUUGAGAUGAAAAGUAUUGGUUCUCCAGUUAAAGUUGGAAAGAUGGACGCUACCUCCUAUUCCAGCAUUGCUUCAGAGUUUGGAGUUCGAGGUUAUCCAACAAUUAAGCUAUUAAAGGGGGACUUGGCAUAUAAUUACAGAGGACCACGAACUAAAGAUGAUAUUAUUGAGUUUGCUCACAGAGUGUCUGGGGCUCUAAUUCGGCCACUUCCAAGUCAGCAAAUGUUUGAACAUAUGCAAAAGAGACAUCGUGUAUUUUUUGUUUACAUAGGUGGAGAGUCGCCUUUGAAGGAGAAAUACAUAGAUGCUGCUUCAGAAUUAAUUGUAUAUACAUACUUCUUUUCUGCCUCAGAAGAAGUGGUUCCUGAGUAUGUGACACUGAAGGAGAUGCCUGCUGUGCUUGUUUUCAAAGAUGAAACUUACUUUGUUUAUGAUGAGUAUGAGGAUGGUGAUCUGUCAUCUUGGAUCAACAGGGAGAGGUUUCAGAACUACCUUACUAUGGAUGGCUUCCUCUUGUAUGAACUUGGAGACACCGGAAAGCUUGUGGCUAUUGCAGUUAUUGAUGAGAAAAAUACAUCAAUUGAACAUACCAGAUUAAAGUCAAUUAUUCAGGAAGUUGCUAGAGAUUACAGAGACCAGUUCCACAGGGAUAUUCAGUUUGGCCAUAUGGAUGGAAAUGACUAUAUAAAUACCUUGCUGAUGGAUGAACUGAAAGUCCCAACUGUGGUUGUACUGAAUACUUCAAACCAACAAUACUUUUUACUAGAUAGACAGAUCAAGAAUACCGAGGACAUGGUACAGUUCAUUAAUAACAUCUUGGAUGGCACAGUAGAGGCCCAAGGAGGUGAUAGCAUUUUGCAGAGAUUGAAAAGAAUAGCAUUUGAUGCCAAAUCUACUAUUGUGUCUGUCUUCAAGAGCUCUCCACUUAUGGGCUGCUUUCUCUUUGGCCUUCCACUGGGGGUCAUCAGUAUCAUGUGCUAUGGCAUUUACACAGCUGACACAGAUGGGGGUUACAUUGAGGAACGGUACGAAGUAUCCACAAGUGAAGUUGAAAGCCAGGAACCAACAGAAGAGAGCAAAGAACAGGAGCCAAGGAGUGGAGACGUCCUAGUGCCUACAGUGCAAGGACCCAAAGAUGUAUUGGAGAAGAAGAAAGAUUGAGAUUUUGCUAGUGCAGAAUAUUUGAUAGGAUUUCAAAUUAUUAAAGAGUCUAUUUAUUGAAUUUAGACAUUUAAUCAUGAUCUUUAAAAAAGAGAAUAUGUUAUUUGUAUUUUGCUAAUAUCAGCUUGCAUGGAUUAAAGUAGGCCUUCAUAAAUGGGGAAAUGGUUGGAGCAAAGAGAUGAAAUGUGUCCUAAAAAAAAUGAAGACACUCCAUCAGAGUUCACCUUAUGGAUGUUAUAGCAGAUCAAUUCUCUUGCAUGUUUCUCUGAGUAUUCUGUGACACAAUUAAAAUUCUUGGGCAGAAUAUUUAAAUUGGUCAAUCAGGUAGAAGAUACAUGCUUGAUAAAGAAAAACAAUACCUUCACCUCCUACCAUUCAUUCGUUCUCGUAUAUUUUAGGUAAGAUUUACAUGGGCAAAAUUAAGUCUUUAAAAUUUAGGCACUUUAAGGAGAACUAACAACUUUUUCCAUGGAUGAAAUUAAGAUUAUGACUUAGAAACAAUUUGGUUUUAUAUAGCAUAGCAAUUUUAUUUUUAGUUACUACUUUUAAAGGAGAGAAAAUGUUCCUUUUUAACUUUACACUCAGUUACAUUAUUGAAAAUUUCAUAUGGGUCUAUAGAGUGGUAAAAACAGUCUUAUGUUUAAUCUUUGCAAAAUAAAUGGAUUUGAUUGGAACACUCAUUUCAAACCAUGCCCUGAGACAUGCUUAGCAAGUGCCUCAGUGGUCACUGUAGGAAGGGGCGGGUCUCUGUUUUAUAUAUUGGAAUUUCUUCUAAAAAUUUCCUUUGAGAAAAAGCUCCUACUGCUUUUUAAAAAGUAAUAUAUAUCAUAUUUUUUAUGUUUAUGGUAUGGCAACGUUAUGGUAACUUAUGAUAUGGGUGUAUCUGUGUGUAUAAUAUACACACACAUGCACAGUAUAUUUACAUAUACAUAUAAAAUUUAUUGACAUGUCUGUUAUGUAAUUUUAUGGGCAUGUGUAUGUUCAUAAUGAGUAAUGAGUGACAUAAUCAACCUGUCAACAAAAUUUAUGAUAAUCCAGUGAUUAAGAGAUCUGCCAGUUACCUUCUCCAUCCUCUCAGUUCUGACUCCCAUUUCAGCCAGUGACCUCUCAUCUUCUCUCUCUAAUAAUAUAACAUAGGAAUUCUAUCCUGAGUAAUGUAUAAAAAUUGGCAUUGUUUUAAGCAACAUUAUGGUGUGUUUAUUGUAGAUUAUUUUUGAGCCCUUCAUUGUAACUAAGUUUAGGAUUUUUAUUAGAUGACCAUUGUGUGGGUGAUGAUUAGAAUGGUUUUUGUUAAACACUGAAAAAUUCUUAAUCACUUUAAAAAUAUGCAACUCAUGGUCCUGAUAUUGAAGUUGUUUAGGGCUUUGGUCCUCAAAGCAGCUGUUGGUUACUUCUGGUGCCAUGCUGAUCACAGCUAAACUGAAGCUUGUAUCUAAGUACUAGGAAGUUACUAGCAAUUGUUUUAUUGUAUCCAUGUGCUCUUUUAGCAUAUUGUAAUUAAAUGCUAUUAAUUUAACAAGUAGAUUCCUCUCCAAAGAGUAAUGAGGGGUUCUUUUGGAAGAUAAAUAUUAAUGUUCCCAGUGGUCAAGCUUGUUUUGCAGCAGUGAAAAAAAGCUUAGGUGAGUACAAUGCCUCACUCGAGUCUAAUCUAGUAUGGAAGGUAAAACUUAGUCUCCAUCAGGGACAGUAGGAAAUUACAGAAAAUGUCAUGGUUUUCUUCUUCAUGUUUAUCAUUAUCAGAUGUCCUUCAUCUGCACAUUUUUGGCCUUUCUCAGGCAUCACUUAUAAAUGAAAGAACUCAGUAGAGAAAGAUAAAAAAGUAAAAACUCAGUAUGUAUCAACAAACAAAAGUCCAGCCAUCUUUGUAUUCUGAGAUUUGCUUGUUAAUAAAUUAAUGCCUUAGUUCUUUGUUACCUUUUUCACAGCUCUCUACGUUGCCCCAUAUCCUAUUCAUGUUCCAAAGUGUCUAUUAGGAAAACAAAAUGUGUAGAUGGUUUAUAAGUGAAUAAUCUUUCUUUUUGCAUUAGAAUUUUGUUUUUUAUUUAUUUCUACUUUAGGAUAUUAUCAGACUCCUCACAAAACAAAUUUAAAAUUUUUGUUCACUAGUAUGCUUUUCCCUUUGAUAUGGUAUCCGCACUUAACUAGGAAUGCUAUUUUCAUUUCAGGAGAAAGUACUCCCAAAUAACUUAAUUUCUUAAUGAAUCUAGUAGUAGAAUAUAGAUAUCUUAAUUCACUGGUGAAUCAUCUUAUGAUUACAUAUUAAUGAGAAUAUCCUCCAGUAAGUUAGAGUUUUGCCUUUUCUUUCAGUUGCAAUAAAUUCUAUUUCUAAAUCCUAAAAUUCAGAAUUCUAGAUGGCUUACUGUUGAUAAGUCUGAUGCUCAGACAAUAUUUAAUUAUAUUUCGGAGAAAGAAAGUACAUAUUUUUUUCAAGCUAUGCACCCCAUUAUAGCUUGCAAUCCUUUUUGUUUUCUUCAUCAUACACAUUAAUAUUUCUCUAGCUACUUUAUUUGAAACUUGUUUGAAGUGUAUUAGACCUAAAUUUUUAUUUUCUUCCUCACCCCUAGUGCUUCCCCAGUAUCUGACUUAGAAAUAGCAUUAAGAGCCAGAUGUCUAGAGGUUGAAGGAACCUAUGUGAGUAGUUAAACAUCUAUAUUAUUUUUGUUUAGUGGAUUUUUGUUGGUUUCUUGUGUUUUGCUUCAGGGGCUUUUCUGGUUUGGGUUUGCUAAAAAGCAAUUUACGUAUUUUCAUCAUUGCUUCAUGUGAUAUGGAGGUAGGACAGGGAGAACUACUUAGCUAUUCUUAUUAUGCAGACAUUGUUCAAAUAAACCAGUGUGGGAUAUUGAGACUAUCAUUUAAUUGGUGGGAUUAGGUUUGCCAUUUUAUUUUUAUAAAUAUAUAUUUUUUCUGAAUGUGUCUGAGUCCAAGAGUGGGCAAAAAAUAAUUUUCUACUUUGGACUAAAUCUGUAAAGGUUUUUGAAAGUCUGUAUUACUAACUUGUUGAAUUCAUGAAAUUUUGCCUUAAGGCACCAAUUGUAAACCUUUGAUUUUCUAAAAUAAAUUAAUUGAAAACA